AUGACACUAGAUGUAAAAUGCAUGUUGGUUAAUAGAAUCAAAGACAGUCCCUAUUUUGCGCUGCAAAUUGAUGAGACAAAAGAUAUAACCAAUUUGCCAAAUUUGCUGUGUUACGUUAGGUAUGAAGACGGUAAUGGGGAUAUUUUUGUGAAGUUGAAUGGUUUUAUGAAUGAGCAUGAUGUGGAUUGGAACAAGGGCGUGGGACUUUAUACAUAUGGAACCGCUGCUAUGGUCGGGCGUCACGCUGGAGUUGUAGCUAGAGUAAAACAAGUGGUUGCCCAAGCAACAUUCACGCACUGUUGUUUGCAUCGAGAAGCUUUGGCAAGCAAAAACUGCCCUGAUAGCUUGAAGGAGGUUUUGAGUCAGGCUGUAAAAACA